UAUGAUUAGGCUAUUUAAUUUUAGUUAACAAUUAUAUUAAUAAAUUGUUAAUGUAACCUAACACAACGUGUAUCAUACUUAAAUGAGUAUAUUAUAUUUAAAUAUAUGUAUAAUAUGUAAAAUUAAUUUGUCCUAAAUGUAUAACGAUCUAUUCAAAUAAAAAAUACAAUUUUGUUCCGCAUUCUUCUGUGAAAUUUCUUGACGGGUGAACAGCACUUGUGUAACAACAAAAAAAAAAAAAAUAAUACGAAAAACACGAAAUAAAAUUGUUUUUAUUUUGAAACACAUCAAUUAACAAGUAUUAAUAAAACAAGAGGGAUUGCGUGUUGAAGAUUCCGUCAGAAUUAAUGUUAUUUAAAAAAUGUCACGACUAUGUGUACGAGUGUAUACAUCUCCAUUUAAAAUAAUAACAAACUCAAUUGUUUAUGUUUCCAUUACAGAAAAUAUCAUCGCGUUAUAUAUACAAGCAUAUGUGCAAUAUGUCUCACAAACCAUGCAGUUUUCAGAACAUAAUGUUAUAGAAAAAUUAAGUGGUCACUAGUGCGCAGUGUUUGAUAUUUUUAAUUUAUAUUUUUGAGUAUUUAAACAACACAAAUUCGCCUGAUACAUCGUUCUACGUUCUUGAUAAUAAAAUGUUUAACAUUAUUUGGUUUGGAACGUUGCUCUUAUUUGCCAAUUGUCUAGUAAAUGCUCAAAAUCCAAGUAUUUUAGCGCAACCUGGAGGAUAUUCACCUAACAUUUUAUCUAUAAAUAUCAAUACUAAAAAAUGUAUUCAUACCGUUAGUGAUCAUUUCUUAAGUAUUGCACUUGAACCGUCAACUAUAUUUUCGGCAUCACAAAAGAACCUUGGGCCAGCCACCAUUAACAUGGCUAAAGCCUUAAAUCCGGCGUACGUAAAGGUAUCUGGUCCGGAAUGCAAUUUCUUUAAGUUUCAAGGAGGUGAAGAUAUUUCAAAAUUGUCACAAACCCAUCCCGUAAGACAAGGAAGAAAUAAUAUAACGAUUACUGGUUGGCAAUGGUCACAGUUAAAUGAAUUUAUAGCCAAAACUGGAUUGGAUUUAAUUGUUGGCUUAAAUGUUAUGAAUAGAUUACACGGGUCUUGGGAUCUUAGUAAUACCUUAGAUCUUAUAUCAUACUCGGAUAAACAUGGUUACAAUAUGGCGUUCCAAAUUGGCAAUGAUAUUCAAACGAUUGGGUCGCGUAUCGAUGGCUCGUCACUUGGAAAAGAUGCAAAUAGAUUACGUAAAGUACUUGAAGCGUUUCCUAGGUACUUGAAUUCACCGAUUAUGGGCCCUGACGUUAAAUCGUGUGAAACUCAAGAAGAAGCCCGGUAUUUGAAGAAUUUGAUCAUAGAAUCUGGUCCUUCUCUUUCUGCAAUAUCAUACCAAGUACCUUUUUCAAGUGAGAAAAAUGUUGAGAAUCCUACCGAAAUAUUCAGUUACAUACAAAACCAAAUGGAAGCUAGAGUGUGGCAAAAAGAUUUAACAAACAAAUACCUAGGAAAAAUAGCAACGAAGAAACCAUUAUGGAUUGUUGAAUCGGGAAAUAAAGAUAGAAGAGGGGAUUUCAUGGAUGGAUUAAUUUGGGCACAAAGGCUAUGUGCUGGUGCUCGAGUUGGAAUAAAUACCAUUAUGAGAAAACCAUCGUUAUCAUCACUAAGUGAACCGACUCCGGAUUAUUGGGUAUCAGUUCUUCACAAAGCUUUAGUUGGAUCAGAAGUUUUAGACAUUAAGAUUUCGUCGGGAAACAAAACACGUUUAGAAACAGUUGCUCAUUGUACAAAAAUGUCACCGUACGAUCCAAAUGAAGGAAUAUUAGCUCCUGAAUACCGAUAUAAUAGGGGUGCAGUUGUAGUUUUUGGCGUAAACAUGGGAUCAGAAACAAUACAAAUAUCAUUAAAAACAGGACAAAUACAAAGUUUACCAUUACAUCAAUAUUUCUUGACUGCUAAUAACAGACAAACCAAAAGAGCAUUAAAAUCUUCGUAUACUAUGCUUAAUGGACAAAAAUUGAUUUUGUCACCUGACGGAGAUCUUCCAAUUAUAUCACCGAAAGUUCGAAUAUCUAACCAAUUGAUUACUAUACCUAGUCAAUGCGUGUUUUUUUUAGUAUUGCCGGAUAGUAAAUCAAAGGCAUGCACGGUUGUUCAGAUCGAAGAAUCGAAAGAGUCUUAUAAAAAUGGUGUUAAGGUUUUAGAUCAAGAGGAUUUUGACGAAACCGAUUACAAUACACCAAUAUUAGAUCAAGAAGACGAAUCGGUAUCAAAUGAAAAACAAACGUAUGUAGCAUUCCGACCUAAAUAUAUCACAACCAAUGACGAAUCUAUGGUCGAAAGACGAGAAGUCAAUAACAUCCAAAUUUCUCAACAAAACAAUGAAGACUCCUCUAAUAUUAAAAAGAUGCAACAAUCUGAACCACUGGUAAAAUAUGUUACAUUUUCCAAUAAUAAUUGGCUUUCAAAAUUUCCAAAAACAUUAAAUAAUCGAGACUAUUCUGAAGAACCUCCGACAUUUUCUUCAACUGAAACUGCCACAGUAGAAAUACAAACAGAAAAAAGUCCACCACCUCCUCAAAGCAGAAGAGAAAAAUAUCACAUUCUCGCACAAGCAGUUGCCGGUAAAAGAUAUGCAGAGAAAAACAUCAGAUCAGAUUUAUACUCUAAUUUAGAUUCUGCUUUAUUAUCUCUUAAACCUUCUCAAAAAUUAAAAUUAAUUAAAAGAUCAGCAGAUAACACAAAUUUUAGUUCAAAAGAAUUAGAUGAAAUUAUUGAAGAAUUUACAAACAAAGAAACAAUACCAUUGACUCCUCCAUUUUUAAAGACUGACCAAUCUUCUUCUGAAAUAUCUUUUAAAUCUAAUGAAGAUCGUUUAAAAACACAAAGUAGUAUUAAAAAAGAAUAUACUAUAAUAAACACUGAACUUCCUGAGGUAAAACAAUCAGAACUUACUUCACACACAGCACAACAAACUACAAGCACAUCAACUCCUUCAAUGUUAACUGCAGCUAUAGAUAAACAUCAUGUAAAGCACGAUAGUCAUGUUCAAAAAAUUAAAACUCGAGCAGAACAAGCUUUAGCCAAAGCAAGCGAAAAAACUUCUCAAAAAAUAAAAGGGAGAAGACAGCAAGAAAAAUGUAAAGAUGAUGUUAAAGAUUUUACUGUACAAAACUCAAUAACUGAAAAGACGACAGUAAAAAGUACAAGAUCAAUUACUGAAAAUUCAAUGAUGGCAAAUACAAAAUCAAUGAUUAUCAAUACAGAAAUUCCGAGUAACGAGAAUGUAACUAACUUGAGUGAAAAAAUAAGAUAUAAUCGUCAAACAAAUAGUACAACUACAGAUGGACAUUUGAAAAUAGGAAGACCUCGAAUCAAUUUGAAAUCAAAAAAGUAUAUUAACCUUUUAGACUUGGAAAAUAUCAAGACUACUCCAAUAAGUGCUUCUCCUAUAACCGAAGUAUCUCAUUUUCAAUCUAGCACUACAGAUAUGCCGAUUAAAAAGACUACUAAGUUUAGGACUUUAACAUUUGUACCAAAAACUUUGAACUUCACCAAACCUAGAGUUAUCGAUGUAGCAGAAAUAAAAAACAGCAGAUCAAUAAUAAGAGGAAAUCGUGAAACAACACAACAACCAUUACCAAAAAUCAAAAUCAAACCAGUUCUACAUCCUUUGGGAAAAGUUAAAACUUCACCAAAUGUCGAUAUGGAUCAAAUUGUAACUAACGAAAAAAUCACGGAAAAAUUAAUUGAGAAUCUUAGAGAUGGAAAAAAAAUAUUACAAUCCGAACAUAUUGUCAGUCCAAUAGAUAAGAACGAUGAAAGUAAACUUGAAAGUAAAACCACUGUGUCGGCAGCUGUUAAAAUUAAGGCUUUAGAAGAAAAAUUAAAAAAUCGUAGAAUAGAAAUAGAACAAAAACUUCAGCAGAAAAUUCACAAGGACAAGGUCAAACGGUCUCUGAAGAACAUCAUAAUUGAAGAUGACAUAAUGGAUAUUAACGAAAUUUUGAAUUCUGGUAGAUCCAAUAAACUUGACAUAAAAUCUGAGCCAGUCUUGAAACAUGAAAUUAUUAGAUAUCCUCGGUCAGUGGCUGAUUUUACAGUUAAGCUGAAUGAAGUGAAUACAUAUGUAGACAAAAUCAAGCAUACUAUAGAUCCAAAAGACAAUGAAGUCACAGAAGAUAGCUUGAUGGAUUGGAAAAAUAAGAACGAAAUGAAUAUUUUAUCAGAAGACAGUGGGCUUGACAAUAUAAACAUUAAAUUAAAACGUAAAUCUAUUUUCGAGGAUAUAGAUGAGGACGAUUAUAGUAAAACAACUAUUAAUAUGGUCAAUAAAUUAAUUAGCCAUAUGCAGACAUUUUGGAAGUAUUUAAAGAAAACAUUCCAAUUUUAAAUAUAAGUCAAAACAAUAAUAUAAUUUAAGUAUAAUAUUAGAAUUUUUUUUAUGUAUCUUCUACUUAAUUUAAAAAUAUAAUUUAGUUUAACUUGUUUAUUUUUUUUUAUUGAAUUUGUAUAAAUAUAAUUGAAUUUAUUAUUAUUUA